AUGCAAGAAGAAUGGUUCAAUGGAUCUGUUAUUGAUAUACAAAAUAAUAUAAUUGAACGAUUAAAAGAUCUUAAUAGAUUAUUGUCUAAAAAAUCUGGUAUUAUUCAAUCUACAGAACUUUCCAAGAAUGAUAAAAUUGAAAGAUUAGAAAAUGAAAUUAAUCCACAAUUAGAAAAAUUGAAUAUCUCUGUUUCAAAAUUAGAUUCAAAAUUAGAUAAUAUUCAUAAUAAUAAGAAUGAUAAUGAUGAUGAUGAUGAUGAUGAUGAUGAUACUGAUACUGAUACUGAACUGCAAAAAGAUAAGGAACCUACUCCAUGGAUGUUUAAUGAGGAUGAUGAUCAAUAUGAUGAAUCACAGUUCUAUGAUAUUUCUCUUGAAGGAUUAAGUGACGAUGAAGGAUAUCAAGAUGAAAUGGAGAAUGUAGCAAGAAAUGAGCCUAAUAUUAUUGAAAGUGAUCCUGAUAAUGUAUUUUCUGAUAAUGAAUCAAUAUCAAUGUCUGAGAAUCGUGUAUUAUCUUCUACUCCAUCUUUAUCACCUACUAGAUCAUUGUCUAAUGAACAUAUUAUUAUUAGUAGUGAUGAUGAUGAGAAUACUCUGGAUAUAAUGGAAGUAGAUGAUCCAAUAGAUCAAGAAGAAAUUGUUGAUUUGGAACCAAUACUUUCGGAUGAGGAUUUAUUACCAUCUGUUCUUUCAUCUCAAAUACAAUCCUCGACAAAAAAAGUUAUUGGUAUUGAAGAAGAAGAAAAAGAAAUUCAUUAUAAAUGGACAGAUGAAUUAUACUUAAAAUUGAAUAAAAUCUUUAGGUUAUUAAAUUUUAGAAACAACCAAUUAAAAGCAAUUAAUUCUACUUUAUCUGGGAAAGAUGUAUUUGUAUUAAUGCCUACUGGAGGUGGGAAAUCAUUAUGUUAUCAAUUACCAGCAAUUAUUAAAAAUGGGAAGACACAUGGAACUUCAAUAGUAGUUUCACCUUUGGUAUCAUUAAUGCAAGAUCAAGUUGAUCAUUUACUUGCAUUAGGGAUUAAAGCAACAAAUUUAAAUUCAAGACUUAAUGCACAACAGAAAAGUUUUGUAUUUCAAUUAUUAGUUAAUGGUGAUUUAGAUUUAUUAUAUAUAUCACCUGAAAUGAUAAAUGCAUCAACAAAAUUUCAAACAGUUUUACAAAGUUUAUUUCGAACUCAUAAUUUAUCAAGAAUAAUUAUAGAUGAAGCUCAUUGUGUUUCAAGUUGGGGUCAUGACUUUAGACCUGAUUAUAAACAAUUAAAUUAUUUUAAAGAUAAUUUCCCAAAUAUACCAAUUAUGGCAUUAACUGCUACAGCAAAUAGUUUUGUUAUAAACGAUAUUAUUAAAAAUUUAAAAUUUAAUCAAACAAAUAUGACAUUAUUAAGACAAAGUUUUAAUAGAGAUAAUUUAUUUUAUCAAAUUUUACCCAAGAAUUCAAAUACUAAGAUUAUGGUAGAUACAAUAAAAAAUUUUAUAUUAGAAAAUUUUAAAAAUCAAACAGGUAUAAUUUAUUGUCAUUCUAAAAAAUCAUGUGAAGAAGUAUCAGAAAUGUUAACAAAUUUAAAAAUUAAAUCAGCAGCAUAUCAUGCAGGCAUGAGUGCAAAUGAAAGAAUCCGAGUACAAAAAUCAUGGCAAGAUAAUAUUAUUCAAGUGAUAUGUGCUACAGUAGCCUUUGGGAUGGGUAUCGAUAAACCUGAUGUUAGAUUUGUAAUGCAUUUCACAAUACCAAGAUCUCUUGAGAGUUAUUAUCAAGAAACUGGUAGAGCAGGUAGAGACGGGAGAUAUUCAUAUUGUAUUACUUUUUAUUCGUUUAAAGAUGUUAGGAAAUUACAAAAGAUGAUACAGAUAGAUAAAUCUCUUAAUAAAGAAAAUAAAACUGUUCAUCUCAAUAAAUUACAACAAGUUAUGACAUUUUGUGAAAAUCAAUUUGAAUGUAGAAGAAAUUUAAUUUUGAAUUAUUUUGAUGAGAAAUUUGAUUCCAAUUUUUGUUUCCAAAAUUGUGAUAAUUGUGCAAAGAAAGAUUUGGAUUUAACCAAUACAGAUGCUAGUCAAAUUAAAGAACAAGAUAUUACUGAAACAGCUUUACAAAUUAUUGAUUUGGUAGAUUCCUUAGGUUCGGAUAGAGUCACUGUUAUUAAUUGCCAAGAAAUAUUCAAAGGAUCAAAAUCUGCUAAAAUUGUACAAGCAGGAUAUGCACAAUUAAGAGGGCACGGUCUUGGGAAAGAAUGGUCCAAGCAAGAUCUGGAAAGGAUUUUUUUCUAUUUAAUUACUUUGAAAGUGCUACAAGAGUAUUCAGUUAUGAAUAAAUGUGGUUAUGGAUCAAGUUAUGUAAAGUUAGGCCCUGAGGCUACAAAACUUAGAAAUAAGAAACUAAACAUAACAAUGAAGUUCAACAUAGCUGAAAAAAGGAGUAAACCAUCUAAAACUGAUACCACUGUGGAAGAAAAACCUCACUUCAUUAAAAUACUGCGCAAUAGGAAAGCUAAUAGAAUCGAGGCUCCUGUACGACCUCAUCAAGCUAGACCGAGAAGAGUACAUAAUGCGACAUAUGUCACUACAUAUAAGGAUACUGAAGUUGUAGCUUAUGAGCAUGAUUUAGAAAUUGUUCGCCAAUUGAAGGAGCAGCAAUGUGCCACAGAAAAGUCGACUAGAUCAUCCGGAACUAAAAGUUCCACUAAAGGUCAUAGAAGAAAAACCAGACGUUAUAGAAGAGGAGGACGUUCCAGCCGGAAAACAUAUAGAGCUAGAAAUUAA